CCGCCAUAAUACCAUGGAAGAAGAAGCUAUAGCAUUCCGGACUGGGACUGUCGGUUGCGCUAGUCGUUAGUAGCAUCUGAAUAUACCAAGCCAUGGCGGAGAGUCUGUGCGUUGUUGUGCUCCUUUUGUGUGGGUCUCUGAUCCCCUUCGUGACCGCUGGUGAUGACUGUGAGGGCUACAUUGACGCCAAGAGCCAAUACCAAUCCAAGCAGUACUGUGGUACACUCCAGGGGUGCUGUGGAACGUGUGAGAAUAGAUACUGCUGCAGCAUUGUCUUCAAACAGAUGGGGAAGUCUGAACAGAACAGCUGCUUUUUCAGUAGCAGCAGCAGCACGUUCACCAUCUGGCCAUUCAUAGCAAUACCUGUCAUCUUGGUGAUUAUUUUCAUCUCUUGCUGCGUGUGUCCCUGCUGCUGCAUGUACAACAUGUGCCGGAAGCCCCGACCGGUGAUAGCCACAACCUCCCACACCACAGUGGUGAACACCCAGUUCACCCAGCAUCCUCAGCAGCCCGUCCAGCCCUACCAGGGUGGCCCCCAGUACCCAGCCUACCAGCCCGUACCCGUCCAGCCUGGGUAUGGGCCUCAGCCUCAACCCGGCUACGGAGGAGGGCAGCCCAUGCCCACAGCACUGGGCUACCAGGGACAGCCCUUCCAGCCAGGACCACCCCCCCCCUACCAAGAGACUGGUUCAGCCUAUCCUCCUGCUAUCCAAGUGCCUUAUAGUCAGGCUGGGUUCAAUCCAGGACAACCAUCUUACCCCUUCCAGCCUCCAGCUCAGCCCGGCUACCCAGCCCAAGCUGGCGCGCCUCCCGCUCAGCCUGACUUCCUCUCUGCCCAGCCUGCCUACAACCCUGCCUUUGUGGACUCCCAACCUCCGAAGACUGGCUACUGAGUCAAUUCUCCAUCACUGUCUGAUGCAGUUCUCCCUCCCAUUCUCCGUCACCCACUGAUGCAGUUCUCCCUCCCAUUCUCCGUCACCCACUGAUGCAUUUCUCCCUCCCAUUCUCCGUCACCCACUGAUGCAGUUCUCCCUCCCAUUCUCCGUCACCCACUGAUGCAGUUCUCCCUCCCAUUCUCCGUCACCCACUGAUGCAGUUCUCCCUCCCAUUCUCCAUCACCCACUGAUGCAGUUCUCCCUCCCAUUCUCCAUCACCCACUGAUGCAGUUCUCCCUCCCAUUCUCCGUCACCCACUGAUGCAGUUCUCCCUCCCAUUCUCCGUCACCCACUGAUGCAGUUCUCCCUCCCAUUCUCCGUCACCCACUGAUGCAGUUCUCCCUCCCAUUCUCCGUCACCCACUGAUGCAGUUCUCCCUCCCAUUCUCCAUCACCCACUGAUGCAGUUCUCCAUCACCCACUGAUGCAGUUCUCCCUCCCAUUCCCCAUCACCCACUGAUGCAGUUCUCCCUCCCAUUCCCCAUCACCCACUGAUGCAGUUCUCCCUCCCAUUCUCCAUCACCCACUGUCUGUCUGACGCAGUUCUCCCUCCCAUUCUCCAUCACCCACAGGUCUCCCUCCCAUUCUCCAUCCAUCCACCCACUGUCUGAAGCAGUUCUCUUAUCACCCACAGGUCUCCCUCCCUCCCAUUCUCCAUCCACCCACUGUCUGAAGCAGUUCUCUCAUCACCCACAGGUCUCCCUCCCUCCCAUUCUCCAUUCAUCCACCCACUGUCUGUCUGACGCAGUUCUCCCUCCCAUUCUCCAUCCACCCACUGUCUGAAGCAGUUCUCUCAUCACCCACAGUUCUCCCUCCCGUUCCCCACCACCCCAAUCAUGUUCCAUUCACUGAGCUUCUAGAGCUCACCUGGGAGAGAACUGAACUGGCUUGCAUUCCUAACAGCACCCUAUUCUCUAUGUAGUGCACUAUCCUGGUCAAACGUAGUGCACUACAUAGGGAAUAGGGUGCUGUUUGGGAUGAGUCCUAUACCUUGUUAGGGCCAGGUAUAUUAUUAUUACAGUCUAAAGGGAAUCUUCAUGUAUUGCUGUGCCUCGGUCUUCAUUGUGCAACCCCAAACUGUGGUUUAAAACAUUUUGCACUGUAGUUGAAUGACGUAAAGUAGAAGAAUGUCUGAAUCCUCAUUCACACAAUUAUGAAAUGUACCUAGUUUAGUGGUAAAACAGAUGUCCUGUCUCGUACAGAAACAGUUGUGCCUUUUUUAAUUUUUUUUGUCCAACCAAAUUAUAUAUAUAUUAAAAAAUAAAUCAGUGUAUGUGGUUUUUAGACACCGCUUUAAAAUGUCUAUGUCCCCAUGUAGGGCACUGCUUUUGUCCAGAGCCCAAUGAACUCAAAAGUAGUGCCCUAUGUAGGGAAUAGGGUGCCAUUUUGGACUGUUAAACCUCCACAAUAUGCCUCGUUUUUCCACUUCUGCUGUGAGAUCAUGUCAAAUCAUUCUGUACCAAGCCUUGCAGGUGAACCAAGCUGAAUGAAGCGCUACCAGCCUUUAAAUGAAAUGUAAUGCUUUUAAAAAAUGUAUCUGAUUGACCUCUCCUCUGUUGAUAAUGUCCCUGUCUGCAUCCCAAAUGGCUCCCCAUUCCCUAUAUAAGUGCACUACUUUUGAGGUUCUAUGGUCAAAGGCAGUGCACUAUUUUGGGAGCCAGCCCUGGUUUUCCACACUGUAUCUGAGAAGUCGGGGUGUGAAAAGGUCAGUUUAGAAAUAUGCUGUGUAGAACAUGCAUGCGGUUGACAUGUUUGGAGUGAAGAAUCAUGUCGGCUGCUAUUGGUUGUAUUUCUGUCUGCGUGCAGUAUGCUGUUGCACUCUUAUUUUAUACAUGACCCUCGCUGUUAGAACUUGUUGCCGAGGGUUGUUUUGUCCGCGUCACACUUGUUUCUAUCCUAUGUCAGGGGUUUUCAACUCUGACCCUACGAGGGACGGAGACUGCUGGUUUUCUGUUCUACCUGAUCAUUAAAUAGGACCCACCUGGUGUCCCCAGGUCUAAAAAUCAGUCCCUGAUUUUAGAGGGGAACAAUGAAAACAGUGGAACAGGCUGAGGUCCAGAGUUGAGUUCGAGAGCCCCCACAGUGGAUGUGUCAUAAUACCCAUAAAACCUAGUUGUCAAAACAGGGGAAUGGUUCCAAUCGUUUCCCCCCCUCCCAUAGGCGAUUUUGGAAACGUUUCGUGUAGGUUUACCCUGGCGUGACUCAAUGCAUUCAGAAGGGUAUGAUGACUCAUGUUGUGACAGGAUACCAGCCUUCGUCUGUUGUUCAUGUGACUUCAGGUUGUGAGCACCUUCGUCAGCCAUAUCUGCUUUAGCGAGCUGCUUGUUCGAACUGAGUAAAUGACAUGCUGUAGUUUUUAAAAUGUUAUCAGGAAUAAAAUGCCACUUUUUGCUACAAUGACAAAUAAAUGUUUUUUUUUUCAA